GGCGCGCACAGAGCUCCCUUUCUUUAAGAAAAGGCAAAGGGGAAUUCCUUAUGGUGGAUGCUGCAGCGAUGAGAAGCCUUUUCAUCCGGCUGUUUUUCAGAGUCUCCACUGGCUGCGUUAAUUACAGGGCCCGGGGCUGCACUUUGAGCUCGCUGUGCUCAUGCAUGCUCUUGAGAAAAAGCCGCGCAUCUGAUUCUCACGACACAGACGAAAACCACACACAAAUACGCACGCGCGCGCACAUGCUCGCGCCCGCCUGAGCCCGCGGAACCAGUCAGCCAGCUGCUCGGGGACAUUCUUGUCCAGUCUUCUGCAACUUCGUCUUCACAGACAGCAGCAGCCAGUGACACCGAGGACGACGUGAGCUGGUUUUAAGACGUGGUUGUUUUUUGUAAAUCUCCACUUAGCCCAGCAGCUCAGGUCAGAGGAUGUGGAGCGUCGCUGCUCCUGCCAGACCUCAGUGAAACUUUUGUCGGUGAGCGGAGCGCACACAGAGGGGAAGAGCUGGACCCGCAGCCCGUGUGUCGGUCACCGGAGAAGAUGGGAGACUUCCACUAGGCUGUCUCCGAGAAAACAUCAUGGCUGUAGACGCUGCAUCCAGUUUCAGUUUCUGCAGGCCAGCUGUGGAGUACAGGGCUCUGCCCGAGGACUUCAAGCACCAGCUGAGUCGACGGACAGGUGGGAACCUGACCUGGCAUGACGGCCGCGGACAGAAAACAGCGGGAGGCAGAACAGUGAAGCUGCUACAGCAGCCGGGGACCGAGGCCCUGCAGUACCGCUCCAGUGACAAUUAUGGGAUAUAUCACACGAGCCCAACACAGCCCAGCCUGAUCCGUCCUGUUGUUCUUUGGUCUCAACAAGAUGUGUGCAAGUGGCUGAAGAAACACUGUCCACACAAUUACCUGACCUACGUGGAAGCGUUCUCCCACCACGCCAUCACAGGCCGAGCGUUACUGCGCCUGAAUGGGGAGAAGCUGGAGCGCAUGGGUUUAGUGCAGGAGACACUUCGACAGGAGCUGCUGCAACAAGUGCUGCAGCUCCAGGUGCAGGAGGAGGGACGCAACCUGCAGCUGCUCAGCAGAGAAACCGUCAGACCUCCACAGUGUUGUUCAGAUGGACUUGUUUUGUCUGCAGACUCCCAAAAGAUAAAGUUAAAAGGCAUUCAUGAACCACAGCACUGAAGAUAACAGACUCAAGACAUGACAAGGUCCUUUGGAAGGAUAACCUAGCUGGAUGAUGGAAACACCGGAGUCAGAGUACAUAUAAUCAUGUAACGUGAAAUGUGAAUCAGAUCUGUAGGAUAUGUGCAUCCGGUGAGCUGUGGUCUCCAGAAUAAAGCUGUUAACUGGAA